CGUUCAGAUCUUCACGACUUGACUGUGUUGCUGAAAUGUCGUGCGUUUUGGUGAGUUCAUCCGGCGCUCAGGUCCUUUUGGAGGAUGGACGAGCCGUGGUGCUGGGUCGAGGUCCAGUCACCGGAGUGGUCGACAAGAAGUGCUCAAGACAUCAGGUGAAGGUGGUGGCUUGUUUUGCAGACCAGGAUGUGGUUGUCACUCAGCUGGGUCCCAAUCCCAGUUUCUUGGAGGGUGAGAAGCUUGGCCGAUGCCAAUCUGGUAAACUCAGUCACGGUGGCACCCUCUACCUAGUCAACCAGCAGUAUCCAUUCAAAGUGUGCUUCACCUCGAGCUCAGCGAGACCUGCUUCUGGUAUGGUCCAAAGAGGACUCAACAAUUCAAACAAAACAAAAGGUGGGAAGAAUGGGAACGAAAAAGGAUCACCAUGGAGUCCACCAAAGCGCACUAUAAAGGAUUUCUUUCCUACCUCUCCCGUAAAGUCCUUAAAAAGGCCGCUUAGCCCAGAGAGAGGACAUCUUGAUGCAAAGCGUCACAGAGGAGAUGAGGAAGCCUCUAGUGAUUGGAACAACGAGGAGGCGAGUGAAGAUGAGAAUGAGAAACGAGCAGAAGAAAAGCUCAGGCAACUCCAGGAGUUGGCAGAGACAGCCAUCGGUGAGAAACGGAACCGGAGCCCAGCUGCAACUGAAACACAGCCUGCAUCUUUUUCUUCCUCGGCCUGUCUAAAGAACUCUUGGCAGCAAAUUGCCAACCUCAUGCUUUAUACUGCAGCAGGCGUCAGAGGGAGUGAUAAGAUUGCUGGGUUUGACAUUGAUGGUUGCAUCAUCACCACAAAGUCAGGCAAAGUCUUUCCCACUGCACCCGAUGAUUGGAAGAUUCUCUACCCUGAAAUUCAACCUCGGCUCACCAGCUUGAUCAAGAAAGGAUACAAGGUGGUGUUUUUUACCAACCAGAUGGGGAUCGCUCGAGGAAAACUGAGACCAGAAGUCUUCAAAUCGAAAGUGGAGGACAUCCUCGCCACACUGCAGCUGCCCGUGCAGGUGUUUGUGGCAGCUGGUCCAGGAAUCUACAGGAAACCUGCAGUGGGAAUGUGGAAUCACUUGUGUGAGAAGGCCAAUGAUGGUAUUCCUGUAGACAACACGCAAAGUUUUUAUGUCGGAGAUGCUGCAGGCAGACCAGAGAACUGGGCUCCAGGCAAGAAGAAGAAGGACUUCUCCUGCAGUGACCGACUGUUUGCUCUGAAUCUCGGCCUGAAGUUCCACACUCCAGAGGAGUACUUCCUGGGUUGGAAGACCGCCUCUUAUAGUCUACCGCAAUUUGACCCCAGAAAACUGGACUCCAGCGCCAGACUGUACGACCCGCCGUCUGCGUCUCUCACGGCUAGCAAGACAGAAGUCAUAGUGGCCGUGGGUUUCCCCGCUUCAGGCAAGUCCACAUUCUUUCACACCCAUAUUAUCCCAAAAGGUUACGCAUACGUCAACAGGGACACACUGGGCUCAUGGCAAAGCUGUGUGGCAGCAUGUGAGCGUGCUCUGAAGGAGGGCCGCAGCGUCGCCGUAGACAACACCAACCCUGACCCAGAGUCUCGCAAACGUUAUGUGGAUGUGGCCAAGGCGGCGGGUGUGCCCUGUCGCUGUUUUCAAUUUUCAGCCACCCUGGAACAAGCCAAACACAACAAUAGAUUCCGCGAGAUGGCGCCCUCAGACAGCAAACAUGCCAAAGUCAAUGACAUGAUUUUCCAAAGCUAUAAGAAGCACUUUGUGGCACCUGCUCUCUCCGAGGGAUUCUCCGAGAUUCUCAGUAUCCACUUUGUCCCUGACUUUAAAGACAGCCAAUCAGAAGUCUUAUUUCGUCAGUUCACUGAAGGCUGAUGGCGCUCAUCACAUUUAUGAACAAUGAAAGAAUAUUGAUUCUAAAUGGUUAAUAUGUGAGUGGUGAUAUUGUCUCAGAAAGCAAAAC